AUGGACAUCCCAGACGAACACAUAGACAAGCAGGAAGAAGGCAAUGCUUCGGCGGAACCUCAACCAACCUUGUCAAAAUCAUGGGAGAUCGCAGCAGCUCAUGUUCCAACAUUUACCGGAGGGAAAAUCAGCCACUGCUGUAAGGCUUCUCUGAAGCCCUUCAUUCUAAUGCCUGUUUAUGGUGAUUUGUUUGUUGUCGAUGCAGAUCGUGGAGUGAAGUUGGGAACAUUGCGAGGGGAAGAUGCAAUCGAUGAUGAGGACGAGGGAGAUGGAGUUGAUAUGGACGCAAUAACUUGCCAUGUGCUUGACAACAGGGAUCAAAUGAUAAUUACUUGUACUCGAAAUAAUAUUCUUCACCAGCAUUCAAUUGCCGAAUCAGAUCUAUCUACCAAACUAGUGAAGACGUGGGGCCGUAGUGGUCAUUCGCUUCCAGUAACGCAUAUGGAGCUGCAUGCGUCCAAUGUAUUUUUGGUCACUGGAUCUGUCGACGGAACAGCAAGAGUCUGGGAUGUUCGUGGUGGCUUUGUGACUCAUGUUUUUCGUCCACUCGAGGGCGGAGACGGUGGUGGUAGUGGUCGACUUAGUGUGACGGCACUGCAGUGGCACCAAGAAUUGGGUCAGCUGGUUUUGGCCAUCGGGCGAGAUGAUGGUAGUGUGACAAUUCAUAAUUUGAACGACACUAAGAACGAAUACAUUGUUGUCCUACGUGAUCACGUCAGCUCGGUUACAUGCAUGGCUUGGUGUGGAAAAGAUUUUUUUCUAUCAUCAGGGCGAGAUGCUAUCCUGAAUCUGUGGAGGGUGGUCCCUGUGGAAAAGGGCCGAGAGGAAAACAUGAUCGUACACUAUAGAAGAAUACAGUCGAUGCCAUUGUUCGAACAAAUCGAAGGACUUCAACUACUUCCAUCCGAGCGGUUGAAUGAAAUUAGAGUUGCAACUGCUGGGAGCAAGGGUCUUGUCAAGCUAUGGAAAGCAAAUAUUGUCCAGGGGCAGACACCCCAACUGACUCCUGCUGCAGAACAACCCUUGGCACAGGCGUUUGGAGAAAGUCGAGGUGGAUACUUGGGGCUGUUCUUGAACCACGUUGCUGUCGGCGAGAAGAAAACAGAGGACUGCCUAAUAGCAGCUGACGCGGAGCAUAACCUCUCUUUCCUAUCAUCAAAAUUAUCUCUGAGUCGGACUAUUGUGGGUCACAAUGAUGAGAUUCUUGACGUUAAGCUUAUACCUCAUUGCAACGCGAUUAUUGUUGCGACAAACAGCCCAAAGAUUCGAAUCUUUGAUUUGGAAACAUUUUCCUGCAGUGUCUUGCAUGGGCAUACCGCCACAGUUCUAUGCGUUGAAGUGAGCCCAUGCGGUCGAUUUGGUGCCAGCUGUGGCAAGGACAAAACAAUGAGGGUUUGGCACCUGGAAACCGAACGAUGUGUUGCAAUCGCAACGGGGCACACUGAACCGAUCGGAGCUGUAGGUUUCUCCCGAAAAAUAAGUCGAUAUGAAGUUGGCGGCAAAGCUGCUUUCAAUGGCGGUGGCGCUUUUGGAAUCACAGCAAGUCUUGAUCGAACGUUGAAGCGCUGGAACUUUCCAGGCGCCGACGACUUGCUGAAAGAGCCUGACCAAAUGGAUAUCCCAGCCGCUGCAAGUGUACGAGGUCACGACAAGGAUAUCAACAUUAUAUCGGUAUCACCGAACGAUUCACUAGUAGCCUCAGGUUCGCAAGACAAGACAGUGCGGAUAUGGAAUGCAGCAGACCUCUCACUUAAAGCAACACUGAAAGGGCACAAGAGGGGGGUAUGGGACUGCCAAUUUUCACCGAUUGACAAGGUUUUGGCAACCUCAAGUGGUGAUAAAACGAUCAAAUUGUGGUCAUUGGGAAGCUUCUCUUGUGUGCGUACUUUUCAAGGUCAUUUAUCAAGUGUACUUAGGAUUCGGUUCUUGCGAUCAGGGCUGCAGCUCGUGUCUGCGGGUGCAGAUGGACUGGUGAAGCUUUGGACAAUACGGACGAAUGAAUGCGAGACAACGAUGGAUGGGCAUACAAACAAAGUUUGGGCUUUGGAUGCAAGCUCGGACGGGAAACUUAUUGUUAGCGGUGGUGCAGACUCAAAGCUUGUGGUUUGGAGAGACAACACUAGACAGAUCGAAGACAGCCAGAGAAAAGAGGAAGCAGAGAAGAUCCACUUAAAUCAAAUGCUAGAGAAUCACUUGUAUCAUCAAGAAUUCGACGAAGCACUUGUGCUUGCACUCAGAAUUGAUAAACCAAUGGCUGUCUUAAAGAUUAUUUCCAGCAUGAUCGACAGUGGUUAUGACGAGAAAGGGAAAUGGGAUGGACUUCAGUCUUUGCAGAAGCACGUCAAGGCGUGGAGCAUGGAAAGGGUUGCGAAGAUUCUCAAGUAUUGUCGAGAUUGGAACACCCGGGCUCGUCAUGUUCCAGUUGUCAUGACUCUAGUCAAGGCCAUUGUUACGACGGUUCCCGUGGAUCAGCUAUCUUCGAUCGACGCAAUUCCUGAAACAUUAGCAGGAAUCACCCCAUAUGCCGAAAGGCAUUUUCAUCGUUUGGACCAGUUAUAUACGAAUUCCUAUAUGUUGGAUUUCAUUUUGAUUGGUGCAGGGGUUGUCGCUGAUGCUGAAGGGAAAACAGGAGAAGAUGAACUUGUCGCAUGGGAAGCAUCAAGCAAACCAGUCCUUCCACCAACUUCCGUCGAUGGCAGAAUACAAGUCGGAGGAAUGGAUUAUGUUGGAAAGAAAAAUGCGAACGCAACUGCUGAGCUGUCUGAAAGUGACAACGAGAGUAUUCAAAGUAGCGGUGAAAGCAGUAUAGAGUCGUAUUCAUUGUAG